AUGACACAUGGUGCGUCAUGGAACGAAUCCAUGGAACCUUACAGCUCCGCCGGGUACAUCCAUCUCCUGCGGUCCGUGACCUCGCCAGCCGCGGGAUCGCUGGCGACCGGCAAGUGCAGGUCGUUCCAUCUCGAGGACAGACACGAACUGGCUGCGCGCUCAAGCCCAGAAGUCAUAACGCGCUUCCUCAAAUUCUGGAUCAACUGGGUGUCCUUCAAGCAUGAGAUCAGCAAAUGGACGCCCGAUACGCCGCAGGAGGCAGGCCACACUCUGAAAUGGAUACCUCCAAUAGCCGAGACCUUCGUCCUCACCCACCAUGAUCUUGCGCCGCAGAAUCUGUUGCUCGACCCUGAUGGCCGGCUUUGGAUCUUGGACUGGGAUUACGCGGGAUUUUACCCCAGGUACUUCGAAUUCGCCGCUAUGCAGAAUUUCCGGGCGCGGAACCGAUAG